ACAUAAAAGUAAGAAACAACGGAAACCUAGCUAAAGUUGCAUCGCACUCCUAAAUUUAAUUUCUUUCUGAAACCUCGAAAUCGAAUUGACGAUUCCUACUUGCCAUGGCAAAGAAACAAAAUAAUCCUCUGAAAAAUGGGGAUGCAAACAACGUUUCCGAAUCUAACUACGCUUCUAAUUCAUCCACAGUUUUCAAGACCUUGUUCGGCGAAGUUCCAGCUGCAAAUUGUCUCUUCUCCGAUAACAAUCCGUUCCACCGGAAAUUUCUGAAAGCGCCGCUGCCAAUUGAAGAAUCGAGAUUAGGGUUUGCAGGGAAAGAAAAGAUAGACGCCGAAUACGAGGCGAAUUUCGAGAAUUCGGAUUUCUCUGAGGCGAAGAAGCAAAAGAAAAGGAAGAAAUCAAAAGCCGAGAGAGAAAGUUCCGGUUUUGAUGCUGAGAAGAGCAAAAAGGGGAAGAAAGGGAAACUGAAGGAGGGCGAUAAUGGUGAGAAAAACAAUUUAGGCUCUGAAUCAGAAGAAACUGUUAGGAAAGAUUAUGAGGGAAAUGGUGAUAAAAACGAAAAGAAGAAAAGGAAGAAGGUUAAGAGAGAUAAGGUUGAGGCGGAGUACGAGGCAAAGAGAUACGGUGUAAAUGAUGAGAUUGAUGAAAGUGAGGUGGUGGGAGAGAAGAAGAAAAUGGAAAAUCCGGAGGAUAUGGUGGUGGCUAAGGAAGGUUUUGAUGAUGAAGGUAAGCUGUUGAGGACUAUAUUCGUUGGGAACUUGCCGCUAAAGUUGAAGAAGAAGGAGAUAGCCAAGGAGUUUAGCCAGUUUGGUGAAGUCGAGUCUGUGAGGAUUCGAUCUGUUCCCAUUGUUGAUGGAAAAAUGCCGAGGAAGGGUGCUGUAAUUUUGAAGAAAAUCAAUGAGAAUGGAAACAGUGUCAAUGCUUACGUUGUUUUUAAAACUGAGGAGUCUGCUCAAUCAUCAUUGGCCCAUAAUAUGGCCGUGGUUGGUGGAAAUCAUAUCCGUAUUGAUAAGGCAUGCCCACCACGCAAGACAUUGAAGGGAGAUAAUCCUCUAUUGUACGAAAACAAAAGGACAGUCUUCUUGGGAAAUCUUCCUUUUGAUGUCAAGGAUGAGGAGAUCUAUCAGUUAUUCUCUAAUAUAAAAAAUCUUGAAACAAGCGUUGAAGCUGUACGGGUUAUCAGGGAUCCUGGAUCUAGCUUGGGUAAAGGCAUUGCAUAUGUGUUAUUUAAAACUGUGGAUGCUGCCAAUAUGGCCCUCAAGAGACGUAACUUGUGGGUUCGGAGUCGUGAACUUAGGCUCAGUCACGUUAAACCAGCCGACUCUUCUUUGAAGAGGAUGAACACUUCCGAACCACAAAGCAAUAGUGCUAAGAAGUUCAGAACUCCAGAUGGUGGUUAUAAGGCGCCAGCAAAGGCAAACGUCUCUUACCAGGGCUUGCACGCAAGCAAAUCCGGUGGACAGAAGAAAGUCCGUACAAAGGUAAAUACCAUUUCUGCCAAAUCAAAGCCUCAACCUGCUAGAGAGAAGAGUUCUGGUACGAAGAAACGGCCUGCAGUGGCUGCAAGGAAAGAAAAGGCCCUGCGGGCUGCUAAUGCUUCUAACGUAGCUGGAACGAAGCGGAAGCUAGGUAAUCCAGGCGCCCGUAGUGGUGGACAAAAGAAGAAAGCAAGAGCAUCCAGGUAAAAGAAUAAUAUAGGAGAUGUUCUUUGCGACCACAGAAUUAGGAGGAUCUGUUGAUUUAAUUUCAACACAAGGCAUGCUAUGCCCUUUUUUAUUUUCCUUUUUUUCUUAUUAUUUGAUGAGUUUGCCUUCAUGACUAUGCCUCUCAAUUUGAAGGUUUCUCCGAGGUGACUUUUUGCUAACUUUGAAUGCCGAUGCUAUUAACCAUGAUCAAUUCAUUAUUUUAAUCUUUUUCCUGUUAA